AUGGAAGGCGACGGCGACGAAAGUAACCCAAAGUGUAAUCCAUUUGGUACGCGUUAUCUAGACGACGAAGCCAGGGUUUGGGAUCAUAAUGCUUGGGACAACGUGCAAUGGAGUGAAGAGAUGGAAGAAGAAGCAAAGCAAGUAGUCGAACGUCAAAAACUAGUCAAAGUUGACGACGAACGAGCUCAACAGUUACUCGCCUCUCCAGCCCAACAAUGGGAUUCCUUUUACGAGCAACACGUUGAUAACUUCUUUAAAGACCGCAAUUGGCUGUUAAAGGAGUUCCAAGAACUCGAUAUGCAGUACUAUAAGGGAGAAACUCCUGUGCGAGUUCUGGAAGUUGGAUGCGGCGUGGGUAACACAACCUUCCCCUUAAAGGAAUGGGAUUAUGAAAAGAAGAUGUUUCUGUACAGCUGUGAUUACUCAGCAGUAGCCGUAAAAGUAGUGAAAGAACACGAAAAAUAUGAUCCAGCAACUAUGAAAGCCUUUACAUGGGAUAUAACAGAGCCACCGGUCGAGGACGCUCCCAAGCCCGAAUCCCUUGAUUUUAUAGUGUGCGUCUAUGUUUUAUCCGCCAUUCAUCCUUCUAAAAUAGCCAAUACUGUCAAGCAUCUAGUUUCUCUACUAAAGCCAGGUGGAAUGUUAAUGCUGAAAGAUUAUGGUCGAUAUGAUUUGACUCAGUUAAGAUUUAAAAAAGAUCGAUACAUUGAAGAGAAUUUGUAUUGUCGAGGAGAUGGUACACUUGUAUACUUCUUCGAGCAGAAUGAACUCGAUGAAAUUCUUUGUAGGGCCGGCUUAGAGAAAGUAAUGAAUAUAGUUGAUAAGCGAUUGAUUGUUAAUAGAGCUAAACAGAACAAAAAAUCUUUGAUGAAGAUGACUUGCCAAGCAUACAUGUUCCAAUCAGUUUUUAAAUCCAUCUUAGCCGCUCCAACACUUAAAGAACUCAGAAAUGAUUCUAGUUUCAAAAAAAAUCCUUACAUGUUACAUGUGCUAUUGUAUGAGUUCUUAGCCGGAAGAGGUCUUGAAGGAGCUUCACCUAAGCUGAAGACGCCGAUCCUCCAAUAUGCUAAAGAGAUUAAGGAUCAGGAAAAAUUGCUGGAAGGCGAAGGCAGAGGAAUUAAAUCUAUGCGAGAGAAAGAAAAACAGAAAAAGACUUUGGUAAUCCCACGCUAUGUCCGGAUUAAUACUUUGAGAUGGACCAGAGAGGAAGCAAUCCAGGGGUUAAUAGAUGAGAGUUGGAAACUCAAAGAGCUGGAAGAAGGUGAUGAUCUUCUCCAGUGUAUAGAUCAACUCAAAGAAGAUGAAAUCAUUAUUGACCCGCAUGUAGAAAAUUUGUUGAUUUUCCCUGUCACCAAGAAUUUCCACGCUUACUCUUUAGUUAGUGAGAAGUAUCUCCUCUUACAGGAUAAGGCUUCUUGUCUUCCUGCGUUCCUACUAAACCCUGAGCCAGGCUCAGAUAUUUUCGAUUGUUGUGCUGCUCCAGGAAACAAAACUAGUCAUGCUGCAGCUAUUAUGGAGAACAAGGGCAAAAUAUAUUCUAUGGACCGAGACAAGACGAGGUUAGGUACGAUGUCUACUUUAUUAGAAGAUUGCGGAGUCUCUUGCGCACAAGUAAUGAAUGGUGAUUUCCUUCGAGUUGAUGUUAAUGAUGAAAAAUACGCUAAGGUUCGAUAUGCUAUAGUCGAUCCACCUUGUUCAGGUUCAGGCAUGAUAAAACGUAUGGAUGAGUUCUGCGAAGAAGGAGUCGAUAGUGAGCGUCUGAGUAAAUUAAAAAACCUACAAAGUAUGAUCUUGAAACAUGCGAUGAAGUUCCCUAAUUUGGAAAGAGUAGUAUACUCUACGUGCUCAACACAUGAAGAAGAGAAUGAACAAGUGGUAGAAGAGACUCUCAAUGAUUCUUACGUUCGUGAGAACUUCCGGCUUUGUACAGAUCUAUUGCCCAACUGGACAACUCGUGGACUAUCUACAUAUGAAGAUGGCCCGCAUUGUCUCCGCGCCGAUCCCAAAGCCACAAGAUCAAAUGGUUUUUUUGUUGCCGUCUUCGAAAGAAUAUAG